AUGUUCGUAUCCACUAUCAGAGUACAUCGCCUGGCAUUACGACCAAGACUUCAGAAUCUUUCGUGCUCGCUUGCACAGUCCAGAUCGCAGUCGACGUUCGCCGAGGAAGAGCCGUACUGGCAAAAGAUCAAGCCAUGGAAAGAUGUUCCCGCCGAAGAAUUCAAAUCCUAUCGAUGGCAGCUCGCGAAUACUGUACCGGACACACGAAAGUUGCAUCGUUUCCUGUCCGAUGUACUACCACCAGUGCUUGGUCCAACGAACAACCCUCUGCUCGAAAAGAUCAAGACAAAAGAACAUUUCAUCGAGAACGCAACGGCUGCACUGAAGCUGGCACCAAUGGCGAUCAGACUGACUCCGCAUCUGUUAUCAGUCAUUGAUUGGAACAACCCGCUGGAUGAUCCAAUCCGUCGACAGUUCUUACCCUUAGCAAGUGGGAUUGUUCCGGAUCAUAAGGAGUUGAAGCUCGAUUCACUGAACGAGCAGGAUGACUCACCUGUACCUGGCUUAGUCCACCGCUAUCCUGGAAGAGCUCUGUUUCUAGCAACUUCGAUUUGUCCAGUGUAUUGUCGAUUUUGUACCCGCUCAUAUGCAGUCGGGGCCAACACAGAAACUGUCUCAAAGACACCACAGAAGCCCAGCCGUAGGCGAUGGGAGGUUGUCUUUCAGCAUAUCGAGAAAGAUCCAAGCCUCCAUGACAUUGUCGUCUCGGGCGGCGAUGCUUACUACCUCCAGCCUGACGACCUCAGGGAGAUUGGCGAGCGGUUACUUAGCAUUCCUCACAUCCAGCGCAUUCGUUUCGCGUCGAAAGGUCUGGCUGUGGCCCCAUGCCGUAUAACUGACGAGACUGAUCCGUGGACUAACACGCUCAUCGAACUUUCCAACAAAGGCCGAGAUAUGGCCAAACAGGUGUGCCUACACACUCACAUCAACCAUGUCAAUGAGAUCACGUGGGUCACCCGUCAAGCGGCCAAUCGUCUGUUCAAGCAUGGUGUGAUCGUGCGCAACCAGUCAGUGCUACUCAAUGGUGUGAACGACACCAAGGAAGACCUCUCGAACCUCAUUGAGACGCUGGCGAGCAUGAACAUUCAGCCGUACUACAUCUACCAAUGCGACAUGGUACGCGGUGUUGAGGACCUUCGCACACCCCUUAGCAAAAUUCUUAAGCUCGACAAAGAAUUGCGUGGCACACUGUCAGGAUUCAUGAUGCCAGCAUUUGUUAUUGACCUUCCUGGUGGUGGCGGCAAGCGCCUUGUGAGUACAGUCGAGAAGUACGAUCCAAAAACCGGAAUCGCGGAGUACAGAGCUCCAGGUCUGCCUGGCGAAAAAGGCACUCGGAAGUACACAUACUAUGAUCCUAAGGCAAUCUCCAAUGUUGCUGUUCAGGAACUUCGUCAAGAGCAGGAGCAAGCGCUUGAGCGAGACAUGUCUUUGCAAGACUUCGCCAGCCCCACUACGGCAGUGAAGCCGGAGGAUUUAACGCUACCCAUUGGUGUCAGCAACUGGCAGCCAUCCACUGGUGCUUCCGCAGCCGCGACAUAG